AUGAAUAAAUAUCAUUCAACAGAUCCACCAUUUUUACAAUCAAAUUAUUCAUAUUUGGAUGCAAUUGUUCUUUAUGGUUAUAAUUCAACUGCUUAUCAUCUCUCACGUCUUUUUUCUUCUGUUGGUAUUCAUGUUUAUUUAUUACCUUCAAAUUCAAAUGAAAUAUCUUCAUUAUCAUCUUAUUAUAGUAUAAUUAAUGAUAAAAAUGAUAUUCCAUAUUUAUCAUCUGUAUUAAUAAAUUGUCAAAAUGAUUCAAUCUUAAUAAAAAAUUUAAUAAAUUCAUUUCCAACUGAUUAUAAACAACGUAUGGCAUAUGUUGAAUGUUCAUUAUUUAUGCGACAAAAUCAACUUGAAUUAAUUUAUAAUGAAUUUAAAUUUCUUUAUUAUCUUUGUAUGAAUUUAAUUGAAUUAGAAUCAAGUACAAUGAUUCAACCACAUAUUCAUUUAAUUUGUAGUGGAAAUAAAAUUGUUUUUCAACAAUUACUUAUACAAACCAAUCUACCAGCUAAACGAACAUUUUUAAAUCAAACAAAAACAUAUUUUGAUGCUUUUUAUAUUUGUUUAUUACAUCGAUAUUCUCAAGCAAUUCAUUUAGCUAUUUAUGCAGAAAUGAUGGGUAUUUUAAAAGCUGCUAAUCAAAUUUAUCCAGGUAAUUUACAAUUUUUAUUUGAUUGGUCUUAUAUAAAACGUCCAAUAAUGCGUCAGAUAAUUCUGCAAUCAUUAUCAUCAUCAUUUACAUUUACAACAAUAAAUGAUUUUCAAUUACUUCUUGAAUGUAUUAUUGAUUAUUUUUAUCAACGAAAUUUUAAUGAACAUGAUAAUAAUCAUUUAAAAUUAAUAACAUAUAAACUUUAUAAAUUUAUUUCAAAUUUAGAUAAAAAUCAAAAACAAAUAUCAUUAUUUCAAUUAUUUACAUUAUAUUAA